AUGUCGAAUCAUCCCCCCGAGAGGCCCUGGUCCGAGGAGGAGAAGUACGCUCUGCUCACCGAGAUCCUCAAGAAAGCGGGCAUUCCCUCGAGCCAUCUGGUCCGGAUGAUCAGGGACUUUCAAAUCACUCCCAGUUGGGGAGACAUCCCACUGCCGCCAGGCCGCUCCCUCAAUGCCUCCCAAAUGGCCUUUUGGAACAUGUGCCAACAGUCCGCUCAACCGUCGUCCCUCCCAGUAGCACCUUACCCAUCACGUCCUGAGAUGCCCGACCCGCCCGCGGCCCCAAUGGACCUCGGCACCGCGCGCAAACGGCCGCUGUUCCCAGCAGAAAAACCCAUUCUGGCGCAUCGUGCAAUCCAACCCCGGCCGCCGGUCAGUAGCACCGCCUCGUACAGUAGUGAGAGCGGCGCUUCUGCUGCGCAAGUAUCUCCGCGAUUGGAGACCGCGGCAUAUGCCACGGGGGAACCGCCCAGGAAACGAGGCCGUCCGAGCAAGGCAGAGACGGAACGGCGUAAAGCUGCUGCUGAGGCUCGUGGCGAGACGUAUCCUCCGCCGCGGAGAUCGGGGUCUGGCAGAUUGACGAUUCCUCCAUCGCCCACGAGCCCCGCUGCGGGUGCCUCAAGGAUGAGCAUGUCGACUGCUCCACCAGCGCCUCAAGAACCGAGGCCGUUUGAGGUUCCCACUGCACGCCCUGGCGGAGCAGUUCCAGCAUCAGGAUCGGAUGACCGCCGGAAAAUGCCGAUCAUGAGCUCGCGAGAGCUACCUCGGCCAACAGAGAUGGGCCACACGCUUCCCUCGCCGCGAACCCUCCAACUCGCCCCGAGAGACCCCUUCCCUCGCAUCAACAGCAGCCAAGGUGACCGGCCAUAUACCUCAUUCUCGCAUGAUCGAUUCUCUCCGCCUGGUAGCAGCAGCCGACACGACUCGCGAACCGAUCCACCACUUCCUCCACCUCCUCCGGGUCAAGAAAGGCGAAUGAGCACGACUCCAGCAGAGAAACAACCGCAAUGA